AUGAUAUCUGAUAAUGUUACUGUAAAAUAUCUACCACCGAAUUGUACAUCUUUGAUUCAGCCUAUGGAUCAAGGAGCCAUUCGGAGUUUCAAAUGCCAGUACCGUAAAUUUAUCGUGCAAAAACUUGUGGAUUCUAAUAGUCGACACGAAUUUGUUAAAUCUUUGAACAUUAAGUCAGCUUUAUGGACAGCAGCGACUUCGUGGGAUUCUGUAACCCCACGUGUUUUAAAUAAAGUUUGGAAUAACUUACUAUCUCAAGAUGAUGAAAAUGAUUCAACUUUUAGUAUUGAGAUACAAUCAGAUGUAUUAAUACCACCUGGUUUUACAGCUGAUGCUAUCUCAAAGUGGAUGGAGUGCGAUAUUGAUGUCGCACCGUUUGCUAUUGUAUCUGAUGAUGAAAUCGUUUACAUGGUCAAUCAAACAGAAGAAUAUGAGCUUGAGUCAAAUUCAGAGGAAUCAGAUGGAGGUAAUACGGUAGAAACCCCCACAUUAGCUCAAGCAAUAGAGGCUAGUAGUGUUUUGUUAAAGUUCUUAGAAAACUAUACUGGUACAGGUAUUUCAGAACCAGACAAAAUACAAGUGUAUCGCAUACAAAGUCAUUUACUUAAGGAACAAAUGAAUUCUAAAAGACAAACUACUUUAAACGAAUAUUUUAAAUUAAUAUAA